AUGUCACAUCUCGGGCAAGCAACAGAUCCUGCCGCUGCUGCCGAGGCGGCGCUCAGGCAACUCAUGACGGCAAUCAGUCAAACGAGGACAGAAAACUACGUCACUUUGGUAUCCAUUGUCAUUCUUGUAUGGGAUAUCCUCCUGCAAAUGGAUGACGAAGUAAGAUACAUAUGGGCGGCGCGCUGGUCUUGGCCGAAGUUCAUGUACCUAUUCGCGCGUUAUUACGGUGCUGCAUUCCUUGGCUUACAUCUUGCAGUUAAUGUGGGUACCAACUACACGGUUGAGGUGGGUACUUCAGUUCACAGGGUCCUUCUCGCACUUAGACCUCUAGAGUUCUGUCGUGUAUUCUUCUACUUCUAUUCACUCGGAGGUGCUAUCGUAUUUUCCACAGUGAUCAACGUCAUACUGGUUCUAAGAAUCUGGGCUCUCUAUCAUCAAGCGAAGAAUAUCCUCGUUCUGUUACUGCUUAUUCUCACAGUUGAAUUUGCGGCCGAACUUUACAUCUCAGUGAGGGCAGGUAUCCUUGCCUCCAAGAGUGCAUACAUUCCACCUUUGGAGAUGCCGAUGGGAGGGUGUCUGGCUGAUAACCCAGUGCCAGCCUUAACUCUUCUCGCCUGGGUCCCCUGUCUUCUUGCUGCCGGAUUGUUCUGCGGACUGACGAUAUACAGCGGUGUUCAAUCAAGCAGGGCUAUUGCGAGGAGCUCUAAUGAUCAAUUCGAUCUCCGCGCUGUGCUACUAGGUCAGGUCUUGCCGCCACUGAUGACGGCUUUCAUCGAGGAUGGUUUGAUCUAUUUCAUAUUGAUUACUGUGGCGCUUCUCUUGGCGUGUCUGAUAACCCUUCUGCUUAGGGGUGCGAUACAAGCUCUACCCAUGCCUCCACUGAUUGGCGUUUACUCUUACUCGGGCUCGCGCCUAGUCCUAAACCUGCGCCGAGCUGCGGUUCGGAUGCAUGCCACUGCGAGUUGGAAGGACACAUAUUCAGUGCGACUUGAGACAUUCCGUGUCCGGUCUCCCUCCAGCAGUGAGCACGGCGAGGUGGAGAUGUAUUUGCGAUAG